UUAGGUAGGAUUUAGAAAUGUUGUAAAKCGUGAUUGACCACACACUCCAGCACAGUAGGUGGCGGCAUGCACCUUUAACGUUGGUUUGCGGACCGCCAAUACAUCAUAGAAGAAGAUGAUCACGGAAGCGCACUUUUGAACAAAAUCAGCUUUGCUACUGCAGUAUUUCGCAUGCAUUUUGCAAUAUUUAAUGGCUGUUUUAAAUAGCCCAGGUUUAAGCCGUUUAUUUCGUGCACGAGUAAUUGUUCUUAUAUUGACUUGCGSCUUUGUAUUGUGUGUCGUCUGGAAUUUGGAGUCUAAAACGCCAGAGAUAUCCACAGAACUGAUGACUGACCAGACUCUGGGGUAUUUUCUCAGCCAGGGGAAGAUACAGGUGAAGGAUGCAGCACAUAUUGAAUGGGCUCAUGCUGCCAACAGRAAGAACAAGAUCACAGAGGCACUACAGAGCUCCGCCCACAUGAUAGAGGCAGACAUACUUCUGAGGAGUCACGACCCUAAAGAGCCAAUCAUGGCUCAUCCUCCUGAGACRGACAGUGAUGUCACGCUGCGUGAUUGGCUGAAGGAGGUCAAGGCAUCAGACAAAGGAAUAAAGCUAGACUUCAAAAGCCUGGCAGCGGUCGCUCCAUCKAUGCUGUUAUUAGACAAGGUUCGGGCUGAGCUCCGCGGUCCUGUGUGGAUCAACGCUGACAUCCUUCCAGGCCCUGGAGGCAAGGCCACACCCCUUGACCCCAAAGUCUUCCUGGAGGCAGCUGUGACCCCUGGUUCCCAUGGUGAUGUUCUCUCCCUGGGCUGGACAACGGGCUGGACUGCAGAUACACACAACCCAGGGUACAGCUGGGAGAUGGUGAGGGAGAUGGAGGCAGUGUGUCGGACCCUAAGUCAUCCGGUCACCUUCCCUGUCAGAGCAGCCCUCCUGGCCCAGUCAUUCUCCCAGCUACACUGGCUUCUACAGCAAUCAGACAGGUACAGCCUACAGUUGUGGACUGGCCAACACGUGAUGUCUUUAUUGGUAAAGGACCUACUGCCUUACAGGAGCAACAUCGACAAGACCAGGAUAUAUUACGACCUGCUGGACUCACAGAGGGCACAGCUCAGAGGACUAACAGGCUACUGAUCUUGUGUUAUUAAAAAAAUUAUUUCUCUAUUUGUCUCUCUGCAUUGUUGGGGAAGGGCCCGUAAGUAAACAUUUCACUGUUAGUCUACACCUGUUGUUUAUGAAGCAUGUGAGGAAUAUUUGAUUUGAUUUGAUAGCCCCCCUGGCCUUAUGAUCUCAAAGGUCAAAACUGAUCCUAGAUCAGCACUUCUGAAUAUGGGCCCAGAGCUCAGAAGACUCCUAGUCGUGAAAGGACAACGGUUGUACACCCUAUUCCCUUAUGUAAUGCUCUACUUUUGARCAGAGACAUAGGGACCAGUGCUUUUCAAUCAGAUGUAAGGAAUGGGGGUGCCAGGUCUGUGAAAGGAGUCCGAUGACACUGAUUCUAAGCUAAACUAGUUGAAGAGGACAGACUGUAUUUUACUGGAGUUACACAAGACCAAUUAACUAUUUAAUAACCAUUCAGAAGUCAAAGACAAUAGUUACCAUUUCUGAAGUGAAAUCAGGGCCACAUUCAGGAUCACAAUGUAGCAGAAUGMUUUGUUUGAACAAAACACUUACCUAGAACAUUUAGCCCAAAACUAUUUUUGAUAUCAAUGUGUUUUUCAAAUAAAACAUUAUAUUAAUAUGUUA